AUGUAUGGCCCCGAUGGUCUCCCACUUGCCGCUACUUCACCGACCAGCCUCUCGGUUCACUUUGAGAAAAGGGUUGGGUAUCCCUCCAUUUUUAUCGAUCGACAGAUGUUACUGCAGGUCCUGUACAAGAAUCUCAAUCAUAAGGAUCGAGUGUUGACCAAGAAGCGGGUUACUCGCGUGGAAUUAGUCGAGGGUAGGGUCCAAGCUUAUACCCAAAAUGGUUCCGUCUACGAGGGCGACAUUGUCGUGGGAGCAGAUGGAAUCCACAGCGCGGUAAGGGACGAAAUGUGGCGCCUUGGAAAUGAACAGAGUCCUGGAUACUUCCCUGAAGACGAAAACUCUCCAGCACCGGGUGACCGAACGUAUUGGUUCCUCUUCGAUGGUCUCCCAGAGACAAAGCGAGGGAAGGACAUUUCUAAUUACACAAAAGCUGAUGAGGAGGGAUUGGUGAAAGCGCACCAUGGUGAUCACAUCACCCAGGACGUCACCUUUGGGGAGCUGUAUGACCGAAAGAUCAUGUCGACGCUAGUUCCGCUUGAGGAAUAUGUCUUUGAUCGUUGGCAUUACAAGCGCAUCGUCACCAUAGGAGAUUCGGCUCACAAGAUUGACCCGGCAUCCGGACAAGGUGGCAAUGGAGCCAUGGAGUCUGCGGCGCUGCUCGUCAACGCCCUGGUUCGUCAACUGAAACUCAGCCCCGAAGGCCUUUCAGACUCACAGAUAGACUCCGCACUCUCAGAGGUCCACGCCCUCCGCUACGAGCGUGCCAAGCGAUUGGUCGAGCAAGCAAAUUCGCUUCAAAUGAUGAUCAGUCAGCGUUUCCCAUUGGCUCGAUUCAUCUUCAAACCUCUUGUUUCGCUCUUUGUCCCAAGCGCCUUUAUUGACAUUAUCACUCCAAUUUGUUGCGAAGCCACGAGAAUCCAAGGUAUUCCAAUUCCGAAACGACCUCACUUCGUUCCAUUCGAGGACGAGUUGCCCGCUAAGCCCAUCAAGGGCUGUCUUGCUAGGCGAGUCCCCUGGGUUCUAGCAACCGGCACUCUUGGACUGUCGCUCUUUGCUGCGCUCAAUAACAAAGACCCUGGAUCUGGAACGGGAGUUCUUUACAGCAUCCUUAAACAAUGGGGCGCUGGAGGGCUCUUGGGAAAGGUAGUUGGGCAGACCUCGGUGGCCGGCCUGGCUAACUUGGUCCCCGUUCUCUCGGGCUGGCUCAUCGAGGGCUCUCGGCGAGGAAAUUCACUCAAUCCAUUGUCAUGGACAACGGUCUACUCGCUCAUAUACUCACUGAUCGGUCCGAACUCAGUGCUACCAUUCUUCUGUCUGUCGUCUAUCCUCUUCUCCACCAAGUCCACUAUCCACAGACCUGUCGAUCCCAAGAUGGCCAAGUCCAUUGUUCCAGGCGUUCUACUCGGAUACGUGGCACCAACGGUGGCAGCACUACUGCCGAUCAAAGAUGCCAAAGUCAGGCACUACGUAGGGACAGUGUGGCAGGCAUACCCUUUGCUUUGUGCUGUCUUCACUAGAGGGCUCGCUGCUGUCCGUGGCAAAACGACCAUCAGAGGACAACAGAAACCCGACACGAAGGCUAAAGACAGGCCCAUCAACUAUGCUCCCCCGUCCGAACUCCAAGUGUAUACGAACGAGGAUGUAACGCCUCUCAAGUUCUCUCAUGGCAUUGCGCUUGCUCUCUGUUUGGCAGGUCCCGUCAUCGCCAAAGCCGUAUCAACCACCGACGGGAUGCUGUCAGCCAUAUCUCAAGCAGCACCAUUCAAUCAAAAUAUAGGUAUCAUCAGUGCAGCCUCGGGUCUGGCAUAUUCUCUGUACGCUGUCUGGGAAUUGCGCUCACUCGGGUUUGUGAGAACAAAGCAGGCUGUGCUGGGAGGCUUGGCUUCCGUUGGUGUUUUGGGGCUGGCUGGACCCGGUGCCAUGAUUGCGGGCAUUGAUUAUUGGCGCGAACAUGUCAUCUCCAGCUUAAGUCCUGACACUGAGCUCCCAUGA